AUGGCGCAGCAUCAGCCCCUGGUGCAUGCGCAAAGCAGUCCGGGUUCCUUCGCGCCCGUGCCUCGGGCGCUGCGGCGCGGCCCGAGCAGCCUCCGCAAGGAGUUUCCACAGCCCAAGGCCAGUAACAUUUUUGGCCAGCGGAUAAAGGGACUGAAUGGCUCCAUGAACUCGCUGUCAACAAUUGAGUUGCCUCUUGGUGGCCACUGGCCAAGCUCGCUGCUUCGUGGGGGCUCCAGCCUCCAUGUCGUGGUGGCGGAUGUGGCAGCGCUGGCGAUGAUGCGGAUGAAGGUGACGGCCAUGCUGUUGAACACCUUCUAG